CAAGAACCAACGCAUAACGUGAGAGGUGUGUUUUAGCCUUUUAGGUGAAGUGUCGUGUCUCUCUUAUCCUCUCUGAGUCUCUGUUCACGCCAUUCACAAGACUGCUUGGCCAGAAAAUACGGCAGCUUUAGAGAGAUAAAAAGUGUGUGUGUGUGUGAGAGAGAGAGUGAUGUCAGGUUCUGUCUUCGUUUCCGGUAUGGUGGUUGGAGUUUCGAGGCUCUCUCGCUCGAGCUCUGUUCACCGGAGCUUGGAGCCAACGAUGAAGAAGACCACGAGUAGCGUCAAAUUCGUUACCAGUUUUCGAACUCCUUCCAUUAAUUCAGGGACAAAACGGUCAUUUCGCGUCACGGCUUCCGAUGACCGGUCGGAACAAGCCGAUAACGGUCCAGGAAUGCAGGAGGACUUGAACUACUUGUUGAAGCUCGGAGUUGGUUCUGUGGCGGGAGCAGCUAUAAUCAAAUACGGAAGCGUUUUGCUCCCAGAGAUCACAAGACCUAAUCUCACUCAAGCACUCUUCAUCAUAAUCGCUCCUGUUGUAAUCUCUGUUAUCCUUUUGAUCCGAUCAUCUUCUUCCAAGAAUCAGAACUUGAACUGAUUGAGAAAUAUUAUCUAAUUCAGCUCAUUGU